UUCCCCUGCCCCCCUCCGGUACCUGCAAACUAGGCUCUCUGCAAACAUGGCGGCAGCUCCACCUAAUUCCGUCCAAUGCUUCGGCAGAAAGAAGACGGCGGUGGCUGUCACCCACUGCAAGGCUGGCCGUGGCCUCAUCAAGAUCAACGGUGUUCCAAUUGAACACGUUCAGCCGGAGAUCCUCCGCUUCAAGGCAUUCGAACCGAUCCUUCUUCUCGGCCGCCACAAGUUUGCUGGCGUUGACAUGAGAAUUCGCGUGAAAGGUGGAGGUCAUACCUCUCAGAUCUACGCUAUCCGUCAGAGCAUCUCGAAAGCGCUCGUUGCGUAUUACCAGAAGUUUGUUGACGAAGAGCAGAAGAAGGAGAUUAAAGAUAUUCUUGUGAGGUAUGAUCGGACUCUGCUUGUUGCUGAUCCGAGAAGGUGCGAGCCAAAGAAGUUUGGUGGUCGUGGUGCUCGUGCUAGGUUCCAGAAGUCAUACCGUUAAACAAAACAAAGUAAUCUUACGGUCUUUUUUAAAAUUACAGGAGGUUCAUGUUACAUUUCCUUUCGAGAGUAUUCUAAGACUGGAUAUGAAGUUUUUCCCUAGCAUUUCUGAUGAAAGUAGUUUAAUUUUUCAUGUUAGACUAUGUGUUAAAUGGAUUUCUGCUGGUUUUCUAUAAUUCAUAACCAUCUCUUUUGGAUAUGAAUUCGUUUAAAUUUUCCCUGAUAUGCAGACUCUCUA